AUGUGUGAUACAUCCAUUGAAUGUUAUACAGGAUUAUAUAAAUAUCUUAAUGAUUCAACUCAAUUAAAUAGUACAAUACGUGAAGAAUUAUUACGUAUUUAUUGGGAAGAAUUAAAUGAAUUAAAAAUACAAUCAGAAAUACCAAUUUUAUUAUUAAUUAUUAUUAUAAUAAUCUUUUUAAUUAUGAUAUUAUUUGGUAUAUUUGGUAGUAGUUUAGUUAUAUUUAUUAUAUUAAAUAAUCGUUCAAUGCGUACACGAGGUAAUUUAUUUAUAUUAAAUUUAGCUAUAUCUGAUUUAACAUUAUGUUUAAUAACACAACCAUUUAAUUUAUUACGUUUAUUAACUAAUAAUUAUAAUUGGAUAUUAGGACAAUUUAUGUGUAAAUUUUCAGCUAUGUUUCAAGGGACUAAUAUAUUUGUAUCAACAUUUAGUAUAACAGCUAUUGCAAUUGAUAGAUUUCAAUGUAUCAUUUAUCCUACAACAACCCAUCGUGGUAAUAUAAAUACAGCAAUUAAAUUAAAUUAUUUAACAUGGAUUACAGCAUUUAUAUUAGCUAGUCCAUUAAUUUAUUUUUCACAUAUUACUCAAUUAAAUCAUUUACAAUGUACUGAAAAAGCUAAUAAUCCUACUAUUCAAAAAUUAAAAGUAUUUUAUUCAUUAGCUGCAUUAAUUAUACAAUAUAUGACACCAUUAAUAAUUGUUAUCAUUGUAUAUUAUCGUAUUUGUUUAAGUAUACGUGAUCGUAAAUUAAGGGCAAUUCAAAAAAUAUGCUUAUCACAAAUUAUACAUAAACAAAUUCAUGAACAAUAUCAUAAAGAUGAAAAGAUAUUAUAUACAAAAGAGAAUAGAAUUUCUUAUAGUAAAACACAGCUUCAUCCCCAUCACCACCAUCACUACCAACACCACCCCCAUCUCCACCCCCACCCACACAGUAAUAAUAAUGAUAAUGUUUAUUGUUUAAAUAAUAAUCAACAAAUUAAUAAAUCACCACAGAAACAAGAUAUGAUUUUAUCACCUAUACCAACAAUAUCAAUAACAUCACAAAAAGAAGCAAUUGAUCGUAGACAUCGUAAAGCCAUUAUAUUAUCCACAGUAAUUGCUAUUAUAUUUUGUUUAAGUUGGUUACCAAUUAAUACAAUGAAUGUAAUCAGUGAUAUACGUGAAUUAAUUAUUAUAAGUAGUAUUGAUAUAGCAAUUAAAAAUUUAAAAAUCAAUGAAUACGAUCAUAGUAACAACAGUAAUCAUAAUAAUAGUAAUAAUAAUAAUAAUAAUACAAUAAAUAGUGAUAUACCUAUCACAUCGGAUUCAAUGAUACAACAUUCAACAACCAAUUUAAAAGCAAUUAAUCAAAUUAUGAGUAUUGAAGCUAAUAACAUUAAUGCUAUUACAGUAAUUAUAACACAAGCAUUAUGUUUAUUAUUAAUAUUAAGUUCAGCUUGUUUAAAUCCUAUAUUAUAUGGUUGGUUAAAUAAAACAUUUCGUAUGGAAUUUUAUCAAGUAUUACGUAUUCAUUCAUCUUUAUUACAUAAUAUGAAAUCAUCUAAUAAAAAUAAUUCAUUGGAUAUAAGUAUAAAUAAAAAUCAUUUAAAUCAUGAUAAUGAUUUGAUUGAAGAAAACCUAGAUCAUCACCAUCAUCAUCAUCAUCAUCAACAACAUGAACAACAACACCAUCACCACCACCAACAUCAUCACCAUCACCAUCAUCAUCAUCAUCUUGAACAGCCUAAGCAACAACAACAACAACGUCCUUAUCAAUUAUCAAAUGAUCAUAUGAAUAAAGUAAGAAUUGAAUAUAAUAGUUCAUUAACACCUACACAAGAUUCAUGUACUCUAUUUUCAUUAUUUACAUCAAAAUCAAUUGAAUUGAAUUCAACACCAAAUUCAAUGCAUAGCGGUAGUAUUAAUAAUACUCCUAAAAAUUCCAUUACUAAUACUAACUAUAGUAUGAAUAAUAAUAAUAAUAAUAAUAAUAAUAAUGAUUUAUUGAUGAAAUAUAUUCAAUUAAAGAAUGAUGAAUUAUUCAAUGAAGAUCAAAUUUCCGAAAAGAUCAUUCAUGAACAUGAAACCUAUCAGAAAUUAAAUCUAGAUCAUAAUUUAAUUAAUAUUACUACUACUACUAAUAAUAAUAUAAAUAAGGAUACAAGAAGCUGUUUUGUAUUAAAUAGUAAUGACAAGGAUGAUGAGGAGGAGGAUGAGGAUGAUGAAUGUGAUGUGAUUCCAGAGACAGAGAGUAAUAUUGAUUUAACAAAUCUCAGAUAUUUACCAGAUAUAACGUCUAUUUAAUCAAAGAAUUUCUUCUCAAUUAUUUUUUCUUUCUUUCUCUCUAUAUUUCAAUUGAUCUUCUUUUGUGUGAUUUCAUUUUGAGCUCUGGUUUUUGUGUUUGUGUGUGUGUGUGUGUCAUAUUCUUCCAGUUGAUAUUUUGUUCUGGGUUAUUUUUGUUCUUUAUGUUAUGAUGAUAAGUACGCUUUUAGAAGAAUAAGAAGAAGAAGAAGAAAAAGAAGAAGAAGAAGGAUAAUGAGAAGAAAUACAUUAUUUCAUUACUGA